UGACUGACGUCCCUGGAUUUGCGUGCUGGGUCUCAAAAGGUUCAUACCUAAACACGCGGGUCUGGUUUUCCCUUUCCUCUCUCUCACCUAAAAUUUCUCUAUUGUCCCCAAGCAGCCAAGAAGGAAAAACCAUGACCACCUCAAAGCGUCUUGCAGACAGGAAGGUUGCAAAGUUUCAGAAGAAUAUAACAAAGAGGGGAUCAGUUCCUGAAACCUCAACAAAGAAAGGAUAUGACUACCCAGUUGGGCCAAUUCUCCUUGGGUUCUUUGUCUUUGUGGUUAUCGGUUCCUCUCUUUUUCAGAUAAUUAGGACAGCUACAAGUGGCGGGAUGGCCUGAGAAAAUGGUGAAGGAAGCCAUAUGUAACAUGGAGAUCCUUGGACAUCAUAAGCUUGACCCAGAGAGCAGCAUGUUAGAAAGUGAAGAAAUUAGAACAUUUGUACUUGUUUGAUAAAUAAAAUGAUGCUUGACAUUUGGAUCUCAUGCAGCUUUGCCCUCUUUUAUGUUUCUGAAAGCUUGUUCCUUCUAGUAUACAUUUUUUGUCA